AUGCUCCCACAGAGAUCUUCCUUUCCCAUCAAAUCCCAAGCUAUGAAAGAAUCCAACAACAACACAACAGCGACGUUGUUUCCAAACACACACAACACGGAUUCCAUGACGGUGAUGACCGGCAAUGGCAACAACGUUCAACCAACAACAAUCACCAAUAACAACACAAUAAGUAGAAACAGCAUGCUACCGGCUGAUCAUCCUUUUCAUAAUCAGCAACAAGUAGACAUAAAUCCGAGGUUAACAUCAACACAACCACCACCCACUCAACAUUAUCCAUUGUUGUUCUCAUCAAUUUCCAACCAAUCGGCACCAAUGAGCAAUAUGAUCCAACCUCCCCCCUCACUCAUCUCCAAUAUGGUCAACAACUCAUUUCCUAAUUCAACCCCAAUGAAUAUUUCCUCCCUUUUACCAUUUGCUAUUUCACCACCUCCCACACGAUUCUUUUCAAUGCUUGUUUCUUCGAAUAGUAGUAAUAAUCAACAACAAGCGUCAGUACAACCCAUCUCAUCAUCUACUACCACAGGUGGAAAUAGUAACAUCCAGAACAACCUUCAGCCAUCAUCACCCCAACAUUACUUGUCAAACAAUACUACUCUAUUCUCCACAUCAACAACUACCACACUCCCGGUCCAGCAAGCUGUGCCCAAUGCAAUUGUAGAUAGAGGACAACCAAAUGUUUUUAUUCCAAGCGUUCAUACCGUUGCAACUGGCACUGGCCAAGGAUCAAAUGUAACUUCAUCACAAGCACUUCAAACAACUUCCUCAGGAACGUCACAAUCUAUGCACACCGAUGAUGAAAAGGAAGAAACCAAUCCUGAGUCAAAUACGACAUCUAAUAGGCCUCCUUUGGAUGCUCCUGCAGCUGUGUUGCUACUUGAGCCUCCCUCACUUUCAACAAUCAUUGAUGAUCACCAUCCAACAAUUCCCACUUCACUCUACUAUAUCAGGAAGAGUCAAAAUACCGAGAGAUUUAACCGACCACAGCAAAGAUCAUCCUCAUCAUCAUGCUUGGAAGACAUUGAUGAUGAGUCAGGAAGUGUUGCAACGCUAGUACAACAGAACAAGUUGUCACGCCAACACAAACACAAUUUAUGGAAAAAUGAUCACGACUGUGACCACAUUUGUGGUUGUGUGGAAGACAAGAUGGAGGCCGAAUUGAGACUGCAAGAUAACUUUGAAACAAAUUACUUCCAUUCCAAGAAACGAUCAGCCGCUCAUAACAAGUAUGAUGGUGAAUCAAUGAAUCCACAUUAUACAGAUGAGGACGAGGAAUCUUCUCACUUUGAAUGUAUUGAAAAUGCCUCAAACCUUAUUUCAUGCUCGGAUAUCGACCAUCUCAAUCAACAACGAAAGAAACGAAAGAAAACACCUCAAGAAAAUUUGUUAACAGGCUUAUCGAAUUUGUUACAAAAUUUAGAGCCUGAUUGUGUAUUGUACAUAUUUCAAUUUUUAAAUUGUACAGGAAGAGAUAAUUGGUUUUGCAACAUUAGAAAUAUGUAUGGAAGAUUUAAAAAGAAUAAUCAAAUAUUACCACUCUACAGAUUCAUUACCAUAGAACAGCAUAGUACUCUAAAGUUAGGAUUUGGAGCUCUCAAAAAUCAUCAAUCAAUGGAUUGUAAUAUUCAAAGUUUAUCCAUACAUCGUAAAACCAAUCAACCGCUCGAGUGUGAAAUGGGGUAUAUGAGCAAAGUUGGACGUUCUUUAAAAACCUUCAUUUAUUACAAUCAUUGCGGUAACAACCCAACAUAUCCUGCAUAUACUUUGCAGGGAGGCAAUGUCAUCAACAUUGAUGCUUCAUCUUGUGUUGACACCGGAUCUAACAACACUACUAACCCUAAUGGCAAAAGUGCAUGCUCUUUCAAUGAUGCCAUGUCAUCAUCUUCAGAAGAUGAGUUGGAGGAAUCAAGCUUUGAAUUGAUUGAAGACGAAAACUCUCAUGUAAUAGGACUGAAGAGAAAAUCUCGCUCUGAAGGCUCAUGCUUUUUGAAAGAAAUCUAUAGGAAUUGUAAGGUUUUAGAGAAAUUGAAAAUUGUGGACAUGGAAGGUUACGUACCAAUCAAGGUUUCUCUUAGAUUGCCAGCAAAUCCAAAAGGUGCUAGUCCUUCCCUUGCAUUUUCAAAUACGCUACGAAAAAUUAGACUCUUCAAUUGUGUUCUUCCCUCUCACGCAAUGAGCGUUAUUUGUAAAAUGUCACAACUGGAAAGCGUUCAUUUUGAAAAAACUUUUGUGAGUGACGUGAAUGAAUACGAUUCUCUUCUCUCCCUCACCAAACUCAAGGUUUUGAAAUUGCAAGUUGCCCAGCUUCCCAAAAAACUCUUGAAAAACAUGCCAAUCACGUUCACUUCCCUUGAAAAGCUCUUCCUAAACGUUUCACAAAAAACAGACUCAUACGAUGAAAAAUUCAAUGUUGAGUUAUUGACCAAUCUGAGAUCUUUGAGUGUCAUUAGUCACUUUAACCUUGAUUUAUUGGCUCUCAUGAGGAAUUGUACCAGAAUUGAAUUUUUACAACUUGGCUUUGAUGUUUGCUUCAAUCACAUCUUCCCCAAUGAGAAGUUGAAAUGUUGCAUUCUGAGAAAUGUGUUCAUUUCACCUGAUCGAUCCAAAGUACUCAUCCAAAACAAUACUCUACGUUGCCUCAAAUUGUCUCCUGCAAGUAUACGAGCAGCGCAAAGAGAAAUUGCCUACAUUACCCAACAGAGAGCUCUCUUAAACAAGAGUCCUUUGUGUAUCACAGAGUUUUAA